AGCCGCCUCGGCCCGAGCCCUCAUCGCAGCCCGCUCCCGGUGCCGCGAAGCGAGCGGACCCGCCCCCUUCGAGGAGGAAAUGGUGUUUGUUCCCCGAACUCGCCUGCCCCCCUCGCAGAGAUCAUGCCCGCGCCGGCCGCCGCCGCCGGGCUCCUCCUCUGGAGCCUGCUCGCUGGGCCCCUCGGCGCCGCGCCCGCGGAGGGCAAGCUGGAGGCGGGCACGGUGCACCUCGGCGGCCGGCGCGACGAGGACAGGUGGGGCUAUCUGGGCAAGUUCGGCUAUGCGAUCGGGGAGCGCGCCACGUACGACGUGCGCUUCCGGCUCCGCCCGGGCGGCGCCGCCCGCGCGGCGGCCCUCCUCGACGCUGCCGCGGCGCCGGAGGUGGACCUGGAGGUCUUCCUGGAUGUGGACUGGGAUCGCGCCCUGACGCUCCCGGCCUGCCAGCGUGCCGCCGACGGCCCGGCGAAGAGGACGUUCCGGAAGGUCGACCUGGGGAGGGAGCCGGGGGAGUGGGGGCCAUGGGUGAGCGGCUUCGUCUCCCAGAGCAUCCGGCCGCACAUCUGGUAUUUCGCGGCGUCCAGCUGUGCAUCCGGCGGCCUCGGCGGCGCCGACGUGGACUUCGAGGUCCGCAUGCGCCAGCCCGACGGCUCCGAGCUGGGCGUCGAGCUCCGGUGGAUGCCCUCGGUGAGCGCGGUGGCCCUCGCCUGCCUGACGGCGUUCCUGGGGUGCUUCGUGCGGCGGUGCCGCCUGGCGGCGAUGAGCACGGGCCCCCUGCACCCCGUCCUCUGCGCCCUGGCCGCCGCGGUGGCACUGCAGUGGGCUGCGCUGCUGCUGGAGGUGCUGCACCUGUGGGCGUACAGCAGUAACGGUGUCGGCUCUCCGGCAGCCGACGCUCUGGCGGGCGCCCUGGACAUGCUGAGCCAGGUGGUGACGGUGACCCUGCUGAUCGCCAUCGCGCGCGGCUACUCGCUCGCGAGUGCGGCGGAGGCUUGCGAGCUGUCCAGCAUGCGGCGGGUGGCCCUGGCAGUGGCCUUCCUCCACGUGGUUCUGGUGCUGCUGGACAAGCUCGACGGGGAGGCGUCCCACGAGCACCACGAGAAUGGCGGCGCCCUGGGCCUCAUCCUGCUGGCCGCUCGCCUGCUCCUCUUCGCAGCCUUCGCCAGAGAGUCCGGCGAGCUGCAGGCCCGCGCGGGCCUGAGGCUCCAGUCGUUCCUGCGGCGCUUCCGGGCGGCGGGCUCGGCCUACCUCCUCGCGUACCCGGCGCUGCUGCUGGCCGUCCAGGCCUUCGCGCCGUACUUGCGCCACCCGCUGCUGAUGGUGGGCCUGCUCGGGGCCCAGGCCUCCGCGGCCUCCUGGCUCGCGGGGCUGUUCCUCUCGAAGGGCGCCUACUACGAGGUGUCCUCCAUGAGCAGCUCCCUGCUGCCCGGCUGCGGCGGCGCCCACGGCCUGAGCCUGGGCGCGCCAGCGGCGUGCGCGGCCUCGUCUCUGAGGCGCAGGGGCGGGUGCUGACUGGCCACGAGAGCCUCCGCGUACCCGCCCUUGCUGUCCUCCUCCUCCUCCUCCUCCUCCCCCUCCUCCUCGGGCCAAAUAUCGUCCCGAUUUAUUUUCCCCCAAUUUUUGAAUUUUCCUCCUGUAGAGGGACAGGCGAGUAGGGGGCCCAGCCAUUGGCCCCCUUCGGGCCACCGCUGCGCCGUGACGGCGCGGCGGUGUCGGCCGCCUGUCCGACUGCCGCGGCAGAAGCCCGCGGCUGCGGGUCGGCAGCCCCCUGGGUGUCUCCUCUGUUCAGAGGGCAACCACAUAUGUACAUGUACGCGGUUUGUUUCCGCCGAAUUGCGUUUGAACGCGGAGGUUCGUGCACGCAAUACCGCGGAGGGCGUACAUGUACACAUGUCGUUGCUCGCUUUUCUGUGGAAGUCCCCAGGCGGCUCUCGAGGCGCGCGUUUUUUUUUGGAGUGUCCGAAGUAGUCAGAAGCUGGACGUCGCUGGCCAUAAGGCAGCCGGGCGGCGCGA